AUGGUGAAGAUGAUUAUGGCGGAGAAGGAGCUGUACGAGCCCACUACUCUGGAGGAGCUCUUUCAUUGCCUCCUCUCUCUUAAUUCUCAUUGCCACCACUGUACCAUCAUCUCUGCCUUCUCCGAGAUCUGGGACAUUACCUCUCUUUAUGGUGGACUUUUGGAGUUCCUUUUUGUAGUUGAAAGCAUUGAUGAUCCAGCUUACAAUGCUAUAUCUACUAUUGUUGUUGAUUUUCAGGACAUUGUUGAUGUAAAGAGUGUGGCUGGUCUCUCAACAACAUGCAGUCAGAAAAUUCAUAAUCAUUUAUUUGGUGCUGAGAAAAUGCAUAAGGGCAGUAAGUACGUGUUAUUUCUGGAUGAUGAUGUUAGACUACAUCCUGGAUCAGUUGGAGCUCUGACUGCAGAAAUGGAGAAAAAUCCUGAGGUAUUUAUUCAAACUGGAUAUCCUCUUGAUAUGCCUUCUGGAAGCUUGGGAAGCUAUUGCAUUUGUGAAUAUCACAUGCCUUUCUCAAUGGGAUUUGCAAUUGGUGGGAACACAUUUUUCAUAUGGAGUAGUUAUAUAAUGAUGCAUGCAGAUGAUUUUAGAAAAGAUUCACAUUGUGUUGUUAGUGGACUGAGAGAUGGUAGAUAUUUUGAUGACAUGACUCUUGCUGGAAUAGCUAGGGAAAAUAAAAAACUUAUUUCUUCACCAUUAGUUGUUGUCUUUCCUUAUUCUCUUGCUAGUGACCUAAGCUUUACUAGAUACUGGAAUUGCCUAAGGAGGCAAACUUUUGUUCUUGAAUUUUACGUUUCAGAGGUUAACUGGCUCAUGAACCGAGCAUUAUUUUCUGCACACUACUAUCUACCUUGGGCAUUUGUUGUACCAUAUUUCAUGGCAACUAUACACGUUUUGGCUACCAUAAGAGCACAAAUUAGUAACUAUCUCUUCAGAGAAUCAAAUACAUUAUCUUGUGUUAAAUUGGGUGUUGUUCAGGCUUUGUCAUUGGCUAGCUGCUUGGUAGUUUGCACAGUUAUUACACUAGUCUCAAUGUGGAACUUGACAAAGGUGGAAAUUCAGUUAUGCAACAUGUCAUCUCUUGAGCGACUGAAAUUGUCACUUGAUUCCUAUAACUGGGGACUCAUAUUUCUUGCCAUGCUCAUAGACAAUUUCUUGUGCCCCAUUUCUGUGAUGUGGUCUGGAGUUCAAUGCUACUUAAAGAAAGGAAAAAAUAAGCAAGGCUUGAACGUUGUCAUGAUUGUACCAAGCAUUUGCUUUUCUUCAUUGAACAACUCAACUAGUUGA